UGCAGACCCUUUUUGCCGCCGAUCUCCGUCGUAAUCCCAAAAUUAGCAGUUCCCCUUUUCCAAGCCGAUUCUCUCAGCAAGUAAACGACCAUGUCCGAUCACCUUCCCGCCGAUGUUGUCACCAGAAUUCUCGUCCGUCUGCCGGUGGCCGCACUUCUGCGCUGCCGCUCCGUCUCCCGAUCUUGGCGGGCACUGAUCGACAGCCCGACGUUCAUCAAGCUCCAAAUCGAACACUCGGCCGCCACCGGCGAAAACGCCAUCCUCUACAUCAGCGAAUCCCGCGGCGACUACGUCGUCGCCGAGUACUUGAACGGCCUCCGCCGCGGAAUCGCUCGCACCCCUCCUGCGCAAACUGGCGGCACCGAGCCGCGCCAGGUCGUUGCCCUCUUGGGAUCGUGCAACGGGCUGCUCUGCUUCGCCUGCGACUGGGAAAAGGUAAUCGUAUCGAAUCCCGCCACUAGAACCGAUUGCUUGUUGCCGUUUACACUCCUCUUCAAAUCACACACAGUGGGAACUUACCGCUACUACGACGGCAGCCGUAACGUAAUUUACAACCACGGGUACGGAUUCGGGCACGAUCCCAUCUCCGACGACUAUAAGGUGGUCCAGAUUGUCCAGCUGUUCAAGCCCGAAGUUCAUUCUCUCAAUUCUCACUUGGUUAGCUAUGGGGUUAGGUCGAAUUCUCAGGUAGACGUGGAAUUCCCCUAUGUGCUAUUUGAUUCCCGGGAUAUAGGUGUGUUUGUGGGUGGGGCUAUGCAUUGGAUAGUUGGUAAACUAGAGGAUCCGAACAGUGAGGAUUUCGAUCCGGAUCCGGAUAUCGUGCUGGUUGGCUUUGAUUUAGGGCGCAAUGAGUCCAGGGAGUUGCCACAGCCAAAGUACACUAAUGGUGGGGAAUCUUUCACCUUCAAACUUGGUGAGUUGGGUAAGUGUUUGUGUAUCUUUGCUGAUUACAAGGAUCGGUAUGUGGAGGCUUGGAUGAUGAAAGAGUAUGGUGUUAAGGAAUCAUGGAGCAUACUGUUCUCGGUUCCAUAUCCCGGAUUAUGUUUCAGUGAUACGAUCAAUCCUCUGGGAUUCUCGGUGACCGGUCAGGAGGUUCUUCUGCAAUUGGAUGGCAAGAGGCUUGUUUGGUAUGACAUGAAGGAUCCUAUGAAGGUUGUUGCUGCAGAGGAGAUCACCGUCAAUGGGUUGAAGGGGGAGUCCUUGGAUGCAGUUGUAUGCUAUGGAAGCCUGGUUUCGCCCGGUGCCAAGAUUCCACAGCCCAAAGAGGAAGUGAGAGUUGACAAGCAACAAGAGAAACCAGGACCCCGAAGGAAGAAGAAGACCCAAAGGAACAAGAGGGAUGAAUUCUUGGCUAGUGGGUUCAAGCUGAAGCUGUAGUCAGUUGAAAAGGGUUCAUUUCUUCGUUACUUGGAUGCUAUGAUAUAUGGAAUAGGGUAGAAGAAGAAGUUAGUUUAUAGGAUAAUGCAGUGGAGUAGUAUGGCCGGUGGGGAUGAGGAGUAGUUUGUCUCCCACACUACAUUUUGAGGCAUUUUGGGCCAUUUUUAGCAUAUAUGAUGUUAGGAGGUUGGCAACCAAAUAGCAUCAGACAAGAUUGCAGUUGGUGCAUGGAGUUUAUUACUUGGAACGAAUAUGGUAUAUGUUAAACCUUAUGGGUGCCUCAUCAUAUUUUGACCCAGUUAUUUGGAUGAAAUGGUUUGUUUUUGGAAUCGGUUGUAGCAGAAUGAUUAGUAUUUUAUAUUCAUGAG